GGAAGUUUUUUUUACUGUAGUGCAUCGCUUGAUAUUCCCGACAGCGACUCACAACAUUGGUUCCACUUAUCAUAAAUGCCCGUAACUUAUAUAUAUUGUUGUAGCUAAUAGUAAUUAUGUCCAGAAUAUCAAGUAGACUCAUGUUGACAUGUAUUGUAUGUUUUACGAUUUAUGUUUCUGAAAUAAAGAAAGCAUCGUCAGUAACAGCUCAAGAGAAUGAUGAAAUACCAGAAUUCAAGUUCUCUGAGGAUGUGGGCUCUGAUAUGGAAAAUAUUCCCAAAUUUGUGGGAAUGGAGGACCUUGAGUCUCAGCCAAAGAGGCAGUACAAGACUGCAGAGAUCGCAGACGCGGUAAUGGGAACCGAACUACCUGUCAACCCAGCAGGAAUCGAGUCACUGAUCCCCAAGAAUGUGAAAGACUUUCAGACAGGGUUCUCGCCACUCUGCGACGAUGAGGCAAAAUGUCCCUCACCUUUGACCCAAGAGGAGUCCAAGAAUUCAGAACCCAUGGAACCAGUCAUAUUGGGGAUGGUCCACGUAGACGCCAUGACAAAUGAAGAACAGAACUCCACAGAAACUACAAAGACUUACAAAGUCAACUGUGAUAAAAGGAACAUAACAGGGGUGGACAACUUCACAGUGCAGGUCCUAAAUGCCUCACAGGACUUGAUGGAGUUCCUGAAUGUAAACGGCACAGAAUGCUCUCUGGUAUUGUUCUUCACUACCUGGUGCCAGUUCUCUGCCAAUCUGGCACCUCACUUCAACGCACUGCCCCGUGUCUUCCCCGGCAUGCACUUCUUGGCACUGGACGCCUCCCAGCAUAGCAGUCUCUCCACAAGGUUUGGAACUGUAGCAGUUCCCAACAUCCUCCUGUUUCAAGGUGUGAAACCAAUGGCCAGAUUCAACCAGACUGACAGAACCCUGGAGACUCUGGUGUCUUUCAUAGCUAAUCAGACAGGUUUCGAAGUGAGCCCAGAUCAGAAUGUAACAGAGGAGGAUUUAUCUGGACCUCUUCCCAAUGUCCCAGUGAAGAGUAUUGAUUGGCUGCUGGUGUUCUCCAUCUUGUUCAUCUCCGGCUUUACCACCUAUGCCAUCCUACGGACUGACAGCAUCCGCUGGCUCAUCCCAGGCCAAGAGCAUGAGCACCAGGACUAAUAUUUACAACCCAGAGACUGUAAGCCCUGUGAAUAAAAGUUCCUCUCAACGUCAGAGUUGUUGGGCAUAAAGUGUGGUAAACCUGGACAUGUAUUCAGAAAGUGUCACAGAUAAAGGAGCGCUGAUCUAGAAUCAGGUUUUUGCUUCAGCACAUAAUGAAUAAGAUUGGAACGACCUGAUCCUAGAUCAGCACUCAUACACUUGAGACCCUUUACGAAUACAGACCCAGAUUUUGGAGACGGCCCAAGACACAGCGCCAGCUCAGUCCUGAUGGUUGUCGGUGUUAACUGCUGGCUUCGCUGUAACAUAGCUACUGUGAUAUAGAUAUACAUAAUUGUUUGCUGAAUGAAUUACCCCUUGGAUGUUUGAACACACAUGUUCAAUGAAUCAGCGUGACAUGCUGUUUAUUUGCAACUGUUUUGAUGGUGUUGUGAUUAAAAGUGUCAAAUUAAACAUGUUUUAAAUGCAGGGUUUAACCUA